AAUCGAUAAGGUUAUAGCUAUCAUUCUGCAGUUCUAAAAUUCUAAAAUUUUAAAUGUUAAAUCUUAGUUGUCUGUAUUAGAUUUAAACUAAGAUGUGGGGAGACAAGGCAUUAUCUCUAAUAAAGGAACUAGAACGAUCUCAGGACACAAUUCCACCAUUUGAUGAUGAUACUGUCAGGUUAAUAAUUGAAGAAAUGAAAAUCUUAAACCAGUUCAUCGAAACUGCUAUGACUUCAGCUUUUGAUCCAGUUAGAAACAAUUAUAUAGCUGGAGUUAGAGCUAGACAAGCAGCUCUUGAUAGAAAUAAAAGAUGUCUUUUAGCUUAUCAAUGGAACCGUUUGCAGAAACUAAGACAGAUGAGGUGGGAGUUUGGCAGUGUAUUACCUCCAGACUUGAAAACUCAUCUUAGUGAAGGAGAGGCUAUAUGGUUCAACAAAUAUAACAAGUGUUUGACAUCAUAUAUGAAGUCUAUCGGUGGAAAGAAUGGUUUAAAUUUGCUUCAGGACUCUAAACCUCCUAAAGAACUAUUCAUUGAGGUGCGAUGUCUCACUAACUAUGGUAAAAUUGAAUUGGAAAAUGGAGAUGUUAUAAUGUUAAAUAAAAAUAGCCAGCAUUAUAUGCCUAGAUCACAGUGUGAAACACUCAUUAGACAAGGGGUUUUAGAACAGAUAUUGUAGAAAAUAGAUGCGAUGGGAAUCGUAUCACUGGGAUUAUGCUUGUGUCUGUAUAAUGAAAAAAUUUAUGGUUUAAAAUUUUAGAUUGUGCUUGCUGUAUCAGUAAGAAGUUAUUUGUAAUAACAUCAAGAUAUAUAUUUUCAUCAAUUUUAUUUUAUUUUUUUAAUGUAUAAAUUUGUUUGUAAAUAAAUAUUUAAAUUAGCAUGAA